AUGUCUUCAACCGAAAAGCAAGCAAACGGGAACGAAGUCCAGUAUUCUUCUCCAGAGGGUACAGUCAUCGCCCCUGAUCUCCACGAUGAGAGAAUCGAAUGCUUAGAGAAACCAGAAGACGGCUCCUUUACAAAUUUUAAUGAUCUAUCAUCAUUCCACCGAGAAUAUCUUCUGAAACGUCACGGCACACUGGAUCUGGACCCUAUCCCCAGUCCAUCGGGCACAGACCCAUACAACUGGCCGACAUGGAAGAAAGUUACAAACCUGAUACUGGUUGCCUUUCAUGCAUGCAUGGGAACAUUCACGGCCUCAAUCAUCCCAGCAUAUGAAGAUAUCUCUCUUGACCUCGGCGUCUCUCUGCAAAGAGCCAGCUAUCUCACUUCACUUCAAAUCGCUAUCCUCGGUGGUGCGCCUUUGUUUUGGAAGCCACUUUCUAAUAGAUACGGUCGUCGUCCUAUCUUUCUGUUGUCCACGAUCUUGAGCUUGGUUUGCAACGUUGGCUGCGCCAAAAGCCCGACGUAUGCCUCCAUGGCUGCGUGCAGAGCUCUGACGGCUUUUUUCAUAUCCCCAGCUGCUGCUAUUGGCAGUGCUGUGGUGGCUGAGUGCUUUUUCAAAAAGGAAAGAGGUCGCUAUAUGGGUAUUUGGACGUUAAUGGUCACUCUCGGUGUCCCAGCUGGGCCGCUGGUCUUUGGGUUUGUGACAACGCGUGUCGGUUACCGCUGGAUCUUCUGGGUUCUCGCAAUUACAAACGGUGUCCAAUUCGUCCUCUGGUUUUAA